UGAAGCCCCCGCACAUACCGAGAGAGGGACAGAGAGAAGAGAAGAGAACGAGUUUUUUUUUUUUCUCUCUUCCAAUCAAAUCUUUUUUGGGCUAAUUGUACAAAAUUUUUGCUCAUUUCAUUAGCAAUCAAUCUCUCAGUCUCUCUAGCGUGUUUGAAAAUGUUCAUCGAGAGCUUCAAGGUCGAGAGCCCGAACGUUAAGUACACGGAUGGCGAGAUCCACUCCGUGUACAAUUACGAGACCACUGAGGUCGCCCACGAGAACAAGAGUGGCACCUACCAGUGGGUCGUCAAGCCCAAGACCGUCAAGUACGAGUUCAAGACCGACACCCGCGUCCCCAAGCUCGGGGUUAUGCUUGUGGGAUGGGGAGGCAACAAUGGUUCCACCCUCACUGGUGGUGUUAUUGCCAACCGAGAAGGAAUCUCGUGGGCAACAAAAGACAAAGUCCAGCAAGCCAACUACUUUGGGUCACUUACCCAAGCUUCAAGCAUCAGGGUUGGGUCCUACAAUGGAGAGGAGAUCCAUGCUCCUUUCAAGAGCCUCCUCCCUAUGGUGAGCCCAGAUGAUGUAGUAUUUGGGGGAUGGGACAUAAGUGACAUGAACUUGGCGGAUGCCAUGGCAAGGGCCAAGGUAUUUGACAUCGAUCUUCAGAAGCAGCUGAGGCCCUACAUGGAGCACAUGGUCCCUCUCCCGGGAAUCUAUGACCCCGACUUCAUUGCUGCCAACCAAGGGUCCCGUGCCAACAACGUCAUCAAGGGCACCAAGAAGGAACAAGUCCAGCAGAUCAUCAAAGAUAUCAAGGAGUUCAAGGAGGCUAAUAAGGUUGACAAGGUGGUGGUACUGUGGACAGCAAACACAGAGAGGUAUAGCAAUGUGGUGGUCGGCCUUAACGACACAAUGGAGAACCUCUUGGCAUCUCUCGACAAGAACGAGUUCGAGAUCUCUCCGUCCACCUUGUUUGCCAUUGCCUGUGUCCUUGAGAACGUACCCUUCAUCAAUGGAAGCCCUCAGAAUACCUUCGUUCCCGGGCUCAUUGACUUGGCUAUUCAUAGGAAUAGCUUGAUUGGAGGAGACGACUUCAAGAGUGGUCAAACCAAGAUGAAGUCCAUCCUUGUCGACUUUCUUGUCGGGGCUGGUAUCAAACCGACGUCGAUUGUCAGUUACAACCAUCUUGGAAACAAUGACGGCAUGAACCUUUCAGCCCCACAGACCUUCCGGUCGAAGGAGAUCUCCAAGAGCAACGUGGUUGAUGAUAUGGUCUCAAGCAAUGGUAUUCUGUAUGAGCCUGGUGAGCAUCCUGACCACGUCGUGGUCAUCAAGUACGUGCCCUAUGUAGGGGACAGCAAGAGGGCUAUGGACGAGUACAGUUCAGAGAUAUUCAUGGGAGGGAAGAACACAAUUGUGCUUCACAACACUUGCGAGGACUCGCUUCUCGCUGCUCCAAUCAUCUUGGAUUUGGUUCUCUUGGCCGAGCUUAGCACUAGAAUUCAACUCAAAGCCGAGGGAGAGGGAAAAUUCCACUCAUUUCACCCGGUCGCUACAAUUCUCAGUUACCUAACAAAGGCCCCUCUUGUCCCACCAGGCACACCGGUGGUGAAUGCACUCUCCAAGCAGCGUGCAAUGCUCGAGAACAUAAUGAGGGCUUGUGUCGGGCUGGCCCCAGAGAACAACAUGAUCCUCGAAUACAAGUGAGGCACCCCUACUGGAAAACAUGUCUGUGUUGUGGAUGUUGUUCCAAUGGAAAAUCUGUUUUUUCUUUUUUAUUAUAUACUAUGGCAAUUGUACCAGCGCAACCAUUGCAGCCAAAUGAAUCUGCCGGUGGCGGUUAUGUACAAGAAUUUUCCUCAGUGUAUGUUUCACCCAGAAUGGUGCUCUAUAGGCAUUGAUAGAGCAGGAUCUUUGGAGGGACAGCACCACUUUUGUAAUUGAAAUAGAUUACCUAAUAAUGAAUCUUAUUAAAAAUUUGGUUGAAUUUGAAAUUAUCCUAGUUUGCAGUAACUUUCUCUUGUAAUUUUCUACAUCAAUCAAUAGAAUCGAAGUCCGUUCACCUA